UGUGCGAGACAAACCCCAGGAAACCAUAUAAGAACCAACCCAUGAUUACUCCUCCAAUUUGCGAAAUCUUCACCUUUCCUACCCACUAAAUCUCCAAAAUUGCAGACAUGAUUCUUGGUCAUAGCAGCGAAAUGGUAGCCAGGAAGAGGAGCAAGGUAGAAGAUCAUUGCAAAGAGAAGACAUCCCCGACAAUGGAGCAGUCCCUCAAGCUCUGCUCUGACUGCCAGACCUCCGAUACCCCUCUUUGGAGAAGUGGGCCUCACGGCCCCAAGUCUCUUUGCAAUGCUUGCGGGAUCCGAUACAGCAAGAGGAGAAAAACGGAAUUCGUGGGAGAGGAGCAGAGCAAGCCGGCGGCUUUAAUUUGCAAAAGUAACCACAAGUCCGCCGUUGAAGCGGAGGAGCUGAAGAGAAGGCAAAGGGAGAAGCAGGAGAAGGUGCUGAAGAUUAUUAUUCGCCGCAGCAGUGAUUUAAAGGUGCAGCGGCAGAUACGGACGCCGGCGAGGUUUGGUGGGAGUGCGGACGGCGACGAAGUUGCAGAGGCGGCGCGCCUCCUGCUCUCGCUGUCCUCUGGUUUGUCAGUCCAAUACUAGGUUUACAAGUGUCCACCCACGAUCGCACGUUCUGAGCGGUUACUGUUUUGUCUUUAGUGGAAGAAAAAAAGGACUAGUGUAGAAAAUAAAAAAGAUUAGCAGGUUAUGUUAAAUGUUUGGUGAUGGGUGUAAUUAUUUGUUUGGUUGUGGGUGUAAUUAUUUAAAAUGUUUGGUGAUGGGUGUAAUUAUUUAUAAAUAUUAGA